AUGAAGCAGGGUUCGCCGUUAGAUUCGUCUUCUCCUGACGAAUCGCCUCCAACACCACCCCCUGCGACCACUCCAAGCAGCCCUGUCCCAGAUGGCGGACUCAACGCAUGGCUUCAAGUUCUGGGAGGAUGGGUGGUGCUCGCAGCUUCUUGGGGCCUCGUGAACACCUUUGGAGCUUACCAGACAUACUACCAAACGGUGAUGCUCACAUCCGAGUCAGCGUCUACCAUCUCCUGGAUCGGCUCUCUACAAGCAUGCCUCCUUUUCCUUGGAGGACUUGUUGCAGGACCUCUUUUUGACGCUGGAUACUUCACACCGACUUUGAUUGGGGGGUUGCUGCUCAUUUGCUUCGGAAUGUUUAUGACAUCUCUAUGCUCAACUUACUGGCAGGUUUUACUUGCUCAGGGAGUCUGCGUCGGUCUUGGGAUGGGCUUGACGUUUUUGCCCGCUACAGCCAUUCAGUCACAAUACUUUGCGAAGCGACGAGCUUUUGCAAUGGGCGUUGCUGGAACUGGAUCUCCUGUUGGGGGAAUCAUUUUCCCUAUUAUUUUCAGCCACUUGCUUCCAAAGAUUGGCUUCGGCUGGACUACUCGAGUCAUUGCGUUCAUCAUACUAGGCCUUUCUGUCAUCCCAGCUGUCUUCAUGAGGCCCCGUUUACCAGCGUCGGGCCGUAUUCGCUCUCUUGUAGAUACCUCAGCCUUCAAAGAUAUGGCCUUUAUAACCUUCAUCAUCGGCACGCUGCUGACCUUUCUGGUCCUCUACACUGCGUUUUUCUACAUUCAAGUGUUUGACGAGCUCAAUCAUUUGUCAAGCAUGGAAUUUGCACCAUAUACAGUCACUUUGCUCAACGUUGGAAGCGUCAUUGGUCGGCUGCUGCCUAUGUAUCUCAGCGAUAAAUAUGGCGUGCUGAAUGUUACAAUCUUUUCUACCUUUGCGUCUGCAAUUCUGGCAUUUAGUUGGAUGGGAAUUAAAAAUUUAGGCGGCAUUGCCGUCUUCGCAAUUCUCUAUGGAAUUACUUCAGGUGCUACUGUUGUGGGAACGCCUGUCGUCGUCAUGGUCGGGUCACCAGACAUAUCGCGAAUGGGUACUCGUUUGGGGAUGGCGUUUAUAUUCUUCGGUAUAGCUAUUCUUGUCGGCACACCUAUAGCAGGUGCUAUAUUUGGUGACUUUACGCGCGCUCGUUGGCUGGGUGGUAUUGGAUAUUCUGCAGCAGGAUUGAUCUUGGGAGGCGUUUUCAUGAGUUUGUCGUGGAUUCCUAUGAGCAAAAAGAAGGGGACAUGGAAAAUUUAA